AUGCUCUUCAUUGUAGCACUUUUGAUUCAAUAUGCAGCUGCAGGUUCUGUUUUUGCGCAUUAUAUGGUUGGUACAAUCACCCAAGACCAUGCAAGCACCGAUAUCGACGACGCCAUCUCUGUGGGACGUGAUGCCUUUGCGCUCAAUGUCAUAAGCCUAGAGAACUGGUCCACCAACGCUGUCAGCUCACUUUUCAACGCCAGCUCAGGAACAAACUUUAAACUAUUCUUCAGCUUUGACAUGACGCAUUUCACCGACCCGUCGCAAUUCUUGCCCCUUCUCGAACAAUAUGUCGGGCAUGAAAACUAUUUCCUAUAUGACAACAAACCAUUCGUGAGCACGUUUGACGGCGGGUCACUCACAUUCGGCGCUUCAGACCCUAACUCCAGCUGGAUGAAAUACUUUAAGAACAACCUUAGCACCGCAGGCAUAGAUGUUUUCUUUGUCCCUAACUUUGAUGAUGCAGCCAACUAUCCAAGCGGGUUUUUUGAUAGCUUCACAGUUGUAGAUGGUGCAAUUUCAUGGGAAUUUGUUUGGCCAAAUGGGAAUGCUGGUAAAGCAAAUGUCAGUGACAGCGUCGACUCGACCAUGAUCAGUGAAGUGCAUACGGCUGGGAAGAUAUACAUGAUGCCUCUAUCGGCAUUCCAAUUCAAGCAUAUCGACACAUCUCAAAACUGGUACCGAAUCGGCGAAAUCAAUCUCAAUGACGCUGGAGAGGGCCAUUACAUCGGAAAUUUCUUGAACGAGUCACUGGGCAACAGCGACGUCAGGAGUUACGUUGAUGGCUUUGAUUACGCGGGCUGGCAGCAAGUAAUCCCUCCUUUUAUAUCAGCGUACAAAAGCGGUGCUACAGAUCCGAGUCAGAUCACUUCUUCUUCAAUGACAGCAGGAGGAGGUAGUGGCAAGCUGGUUGGAGUGAUGUGGUAUCGCACGCUUUUAACAACAGCAUCAUGCUCGAACGACUCGCUCGGGAAACCCGAUAACUGGGAGAACGCACAGGAUGCUAUCAACUAUGCUGUCAUAUUACCCGAUUUGACAAAUGGUGAUAACUAUGGAAGAAAUUAUACGAUCAAUGUCUAUAGCAAUAACGAUAUGAUUGGUUCAUUUGCUGGAACUUUCGGCCUUAAUGGCGGUACGGUCCUGGGACUCGCGGCUGGUAGUGCAGAGAGUCAACGUGUUGAAGUUGUGGAAAGCUCCAAUGGGGUGAAUGCAACAACAGUCCUUAUUUCAAAGGGCAAGAAAGAUGUUCUCUCUGAGACGUCGGGGAUCUGUAAUUAUAAUUAUGAAGUUGUCGCGAUGUCUUGA